CUAAUAAUGGUCUUGUCGUUCCGUGCUUUCCUGGUAGUGGGACUUGUACUCCUUGUCAUGGGGACAACUCUUCCAGGCGCACAGGCCAACUCGAAGUUGCCACGCCUAGCCCGUAACCGUCGGGCCGGAGUCCUGUGUAAGUCGGCUACAGACUGCGGUGCCGGGGAGUGCUGUCCUCAGCGCCUGGGCCGCUGUCUGCCCCUGCUCACCGAGGGACGCUUCUGCCGACCGAUCACCAUCCAGCGCGGCUUUGACUGCCCAUGCGCAGUCGGGCUCCACUGUGACCUACUGGAGGAGACCAAGAACCUACCCAUCGUCGUCCAGCGUGGCGCAUGCGCAGUGGGAGAGGCGCAUAAAGAGGGUGCCAAGGAGACCAGUGAAAAGGUGAACCACGUGCCCCGGGCUGGUCCUGUGUUCCGCCCGGGUGGAGGCAGGAGGGUCCCGUCCAAGGAGAGAGUCCGUCACCUUAUCCAGAAGAUGGCGGGCGCUACAGCAGUAGGGAGGAGGAUGCCGACUUCUACUGGGAGACGAACCUGGCGGGGAUAGAUACAUGUACACGGCUCCGGGUCGUGGCAGCUUGUUUUUCCCCAAUAAACCUCCUAAAAAAACCUCAAUUGUUU